AUGUCACCUGCGGGUUUUACAUCACCUGGGCUAGUUGCUUUAAAGUUCAAUGUAAAGUCGAUUCUCGGCAAAAAUUUAACAGAGUUGCUUUACGACGACUGGCGAGCGCGUGUCAGAGGUCUGGAAAGAGUUGCGUCAGCUCUGCGGACGUCCUCGGCGCUAAUCGCGAUAGAGUCGCGAUUAGGAUCGCUCUUGCAUGCAGUGCUCGGCGGUGAAAGGAGCUGCCGCGUGGCUGCCGCCGGCUUAGCGGUAGCGAAGGUUGUGGUCGCCGGUGUCUCGGAGGAUGCAUUAAGAAAGAAAUUGCCGCAGCUGGCUUGGGGCCUGGCUAGACAAGGUGGUCCAUCCGCGGCGCAGCUCGCUCGAAUCGCGAUGUUACGGCUCAAGCCUAGCCUGCUCUUGGAACAAUUACUGCAGCCACAUUGUCUGAGCGCCAGAAACACUAAGACAAGAGAGAACGCAUUGCAGUUGCUGAUCUUCUCGCUAGUGACGUUUCCCAGCACCGAGUUCAAGCUGGAAAUCGUGGCCAGCCGAGUGGCGGCGAUGGUCGCAGAUCGGCGACGCAGAGUACGUCAGGCUGCGCUCGACACUUUGGCUGUUUUAGGACAGAUCUACGAUUCUGAGGAAGUCAUUCAAGCGGGAAGACGGGCGGGUGAGGGAAAUCCCGACGCCGAGGCGAUGCUGGCCGCCAUCAGAGCACGUCUUGCUAGGAAAUCGCUACCCCUAGUAUCGGCCGAUGGUCUCGUGGUGUACGGCUUGCAAAUUUCACCGACUGUUCAGAUCGCUACUGGCCCUGAUGUUGAUUGGAUCGUGGCGGGAAGUGGUUCAGUCUCGCCUGGCACUGGUCGUAGUAGAGGUCAGAUUAUCGCCACGUCCAGAUCGGCACAGGGGAGAGCAUCCAGAAACGAUUUUCUAAAUAACCGCGAGAGUCCGUGGAUAGAGAGACCCAAUCUCGUUGCCUUAGGUGUCGGACUACAAUCCAAGACUGAGCAAUCAACGGCCUGGCAGUUGCAAACUAAUAACAAUGAAAAUGAUAUAAAAGGACUGAAUGGGCAAAAUGCAAAUGCGGGGGUGUCUUCAAAUGCCAAUUUAAGAUUCGAGGAACAAUUGCGAUCAUUUUACACGCCAUUAAAUCAGUACGAUUUUGUUGGAACGGAUGCUAAGAAUCAUAGAGAGAUUUCUGACAACUUCGAGCAAAAAACGCGAAAUCGCGGAGACAUUAAUGAAGUUCCUAAAGAAAAAGAAAGUAUCGCUCUCAGAGGAGAAUCCAGGAUUCCAGUAUUACUAUCGCGUGAGCGCCCCAAAAUAACAUCGCAAAAUCGUGAAAAAUCCCUCAAUUUGGAAUAUAUCAAUUCUAAUUCGCGAAAGCAAACGACAGACAUGUUAGACAGUAAUCGAAAUCAAAUAAAUUUGCAACAGGAAAAUGUCGGGUAUGCAGCGAUAUAUCAACGGCGAAAACGUUUUCAACAAGAAGAAAGUCAGACUUUAAAUCAAACAUUUGAUUCACAUACUAGCGGUUAUCGGCCAGCCUCUUACAGGGCUUUAGGAACAAAUAGAGAAUAUAGUGAUACUGCAGGAAACAAUGACAUAAUUUUUUCGGAUGAUAAUUCGCAUAGUUAUAAUAGAUUCGUGGAUACCGAUAAAUUUACGAACGAAAACGAAAGUUUGAAUUACGCGGGAGGACGUCAACGUUCGCUAUCCAGAAAUAUGCAGCAACAAACACUCGUCGAGGCGUAUAACUCGAUUCUCGAGCGCCAAAGAAAGUUCAUGGAUAGAAAUGUCUAUCGGCCGUUACGAACUCCUCCAAAUCCAUCGACCCAUUUAUAUCAGGACUCUCAGAAUCUGGAUACGCAAACUCCUUCGGAUAGAGAUAGGAACGCGAGACACCGACCUAAGAACCGUAGAACGAAAGAUAUGGCAGCGACACAGCAGAGAACCGAGAUGGACUUAAUUUCAUCAAAUUCGCAGGAGAAUAGACGCUCUCUUUCAGAAAGUUUUGCCAGUCCUCAUCGCAGAAGAUUACGAUCAUUAUCCCCGUCACAACUCCAUCAAUCGCGACAUUUUGUCAAAUUCACUUCCAACAGAUUUCACGCCGCGUCGAUGUACGACAUUAAUAAGACGACGAUGGUGAAUGAGGAGGAAUACAAUACACAAAACAAGCGUCACUUCUCGCCCGAUGCGAAAGGCUACCAUGUACAAAAUUCAAACAAGGAGGAAUCGCGGUAUCAAGAGUUUCUGCGUUCCUUCUCAAUCGGCGCGCGCGAACGUCCGAAAAGCGCGAGCAGUUCGUCAUCGGACAUUUCCAGGAAUGAUCAACCGGGACGAGAGGAAGAUCAGGACGCGACACUGCGAGAUUACAAUGGCAAUGACAAUAGCGGAUCAUCGACCCCGCGGAGUCAAAACGCUGACGAUCCGGCGUUCGACGUUGUCACGCAACAAACGACGAAUUGUCAGAGCGCCACUCACGACGAUGUCGAUUCUUUUUUCACGCCGUUGGAUACCAACAAAAUGGAAUAUCUAAUCACAAUGGCAGAAGCAUCGACCGUGGACGAAGUGUCAAAGGAAUGGAGUAGCGAAGAUGACAUGAAACCGGCGAGUCGAAUCGGAUCGAUUUCCAGGCAUUCGAAUCACAACGAGCUAAUAACCGUAGAUGAAAAUUGCAAUAGAAGCACAGAAAGCAGCUCUGGCGUUCCCGAACAAUCGGAGGACGACAGGUCGAGCGCGCGAAGAAGGUCAGUCGUGUCCGUGUUAUCGAACGAGCGAAUUCUACCCUACGAAGACACGAAAAUAUUCAAGGAAUCGCUACAAUCGAAGGUUACAAUCAAUCCCAAGAGAUCAGAAUCACUGUACCUGUCGCCUAAUCACAGUGCUCAUCACUCGCCAAUCUCUAACUCGCCGAUCAAGCGAAAUUCUCGCUGUGGUUCGCGCAAUUUGAUCGAAGAUUCAAAGGAUUUGAGUGAGGAGAGAAUAGUCGCUUCCAUAGUACCUGACGAGGAUGCUUCCAUUCGAUCAUUGAACAUCGUUGGUCAUCCACCCAUAGACAUCAGCAUAGUCGGUGAUUCACCGGCAAUUAUCAUCGCAUCGAGGCCCCAUUCUCACGAAACUGACGAGUAUGAGAAUGCGAAAAAUGUCGAAAAUGAUAAUCCACAUAAUAAGAUUAAUAUUCAGGAGUCCACGGAAGAAGAAUCCAGCAUAAACGAUACUUUGGAGGACAGACAAAGUAAAGAUAGUGCGAGUGAAACUAAUAUGGAGCCAGGAAUAUUGAAGAUUGAGUCUGAACCUGCGGAAGAUGUCGAACCGCGUAGAAGAAUGCCCUCAAAAGUACCAGUGCGCGGUUCUAGUAGGUGUCGAAUGCCUUCCAACAAAAGAGUUAUGGAGAAACCAUCAGAAAAAUCCAAACGGAUGGUACAGCAGUGCUUUUCACAGCUUGAGAAUAAAGACUGGGAAAUAACGAUGAAAGGUCUGAAAGCCCUGUCACAGAUCUCGAAGCAGCAUCCGGAGGAUUUGGACAUCUGUGCGGCCGGAAUGAUAGGAAGGCUUUUAGGGCGACAUAUAAAGAAUCUUCGAUCGCAAGUAGCACGAGCCGCAUGUCUCGCUGCCGGUGACGUUUUCAGCUCUCAGAUACGGGGUAUUGAUUAGGUAGAUAUCAAGCAUAUCGUUUCGCAUAGAAAUUUAAGCA